GCUUUUUUGCGUCUUCCAAACUUCUACAUUCACCAAUUCCAGCGAUUCGAACGCACCAUUUUUUGAAAAAUGGCGGUGUUGAUAAUUCCUUAUAAAAUCAAGCUAGCAAUAAAAUAGCCAAAUAUGCUUCAAUAUAUUUUAAUAACUAUACUUAUCUUAAUAUUGUAUUAUAGUAAUAUAUAUUUUAAUAUUAGAUUGGAUACAAGGUGUUUAUUCGCGCAGGAUAAUUCGGUCUUCCCCUCUUCCAAUGCUGCAUUGGUGUCGUCCGCGCUGAAUUUGAAACGUGUAUCUGUAUUGAGUUAGCGUGGCUGUCCGACCUGUUUUCCGGUGUACAGCCUCGGGGUAAAAGCCAGGAGUAACUUGCAAGACAACAGCUCUGUGAACACUGCAUGUUUUCCAGAGCACUCCAGCGAAAGGGAAGGCAGUGCGUCCCACUAAGCCGGUUUUUGGGAAUCUUUUCUUUUUUAAAGCAGGUUCUCUGUUGUUCAGGGUCUGCUGUGUUAACCUUUGGUGCCUUGCCUAUUGAGACGAGCGGAUAUGGAAUGUGACCCCUGCCACAGUCCAGUGGGUGUUUUGUGAAUAAGGCAAAAGCUGUACAGAAUAAGAAAAUAAGGGAAGACAAACAAAUAAAACUUGUCGUUUUCCUCAGUAUGCCCGUUGAAACUUUGCACGCAGACAGAAUGGUUAAACAAGUGUCGUGCGGAGCAACCUUCACCUCCGCCAUGCCUUUCCGGAUCCUCAACAAGGGGCCCGAGUACUUCCGCAGGCAGCUGGAGCCCAACUCCAAAAAGCUGAGCGCCGUGGAGAGACUGGAGGCUGACAAGGCCAAGUACGUGAAGAGCCAGCAGGUCGCCAGCACCAAGCAGGAGCCGGUGAAGCCGCCCCUGAUCAAGAAGGCUCUGAUGUCCCCCGGGGUCCUGCGCACCAUCAACACCCCCACCCGCAAGAUCCCCCUGGGCCUCCGGAGAGGCGAGGGCUGCGGCCGGAGGGGGGCCCUGAACAUCGACAUCCUUAACAACCUCAUCAACAUCUGUGACAGCCCCCUGUCCUCAUCGCCGUCCCCCAAAACAGAAACGGGGGGCUCCUCGCCGAGGGUGAACGCUACGUGGGAGAAACAGCCAGACGGACAAGCCAAGCUCUCCGGCGGCUACAGCAACCUGUCCAAGGUGUCUCCGAAUUCAGUGACUGUGCGGAGGGUCGACGUGCGGCCCAAUGCGGUGCAACAGCAUCCUAAGCAGCAGCGGCAGCAACAGCAGCAGCAGCAGCAGCAGCAGCAGCAGUGUGUUCGACAAACCGCUCCUCGCGUCUGCGACCUUAUCCCACCCUCCUCCCCAGCCUACACCAGGAUUUCCUCCACCAGUUCCAGGAGUUCCAAAAGGGGACACCCCUCCUUGCAUCGCUCCAAAUCAGACCUGAGUGACCGCUACUCGCGGGCCACCGCCGACCUGGAGCGCUUCUUCAACUACUGCGGCCUGGACCCCAUGGAGAUCGAGAGCAUCGGCGUGGAGCGCUUCGCCCGGGCCAGCUCCGACAUCGUCUCCAUCAAGCUCCCCAGCGUCAGCACGCCCAGCUCGGAGCAGAGCUGCCAGACCGAGGAGAGAGCCAGCGAGCGCGAGCCCUACGGCAUCUCCAUCAUCGAGAGGAACGCCCGCGUCAUCAAGUGGCUCUAUGGCAUCCGCCAAGCGUGGGAGACACAGAAGGUGUCCAACGUGUAGCCCUGCUGCUGCCGGAGACAGAGACUUGUUUAGUGCCUGACUGUGCUUUCAAUACUUCAUAACCAGAGACACUCACGAGAUUCCAAGCUGCAGUGCAGUUCGCUUUUUCUAUUGUUUUUUUGUUUUAUGAGAACCAUUCUUGUUGUGCUUUUAAGCAUCUUUUUAGGACAAACCUGAGAGCUGAAAAAAAAGAGAGUAAACCAUGAAUGAAGCUGUAACACUAGGGCAACUGGCGUGGAAGAAAGGUCAGGUUAAACUGUAACUGAAAAGCUUAAAUAUUGAGAAGCUUCCCUUCUGUUCAAACAGGGCUCUGUGCCAAAGUGUAAGCUUAAUGGUGCUUGUAAAGCCGAUGUCUUUAAGGUAAGAGAGUAAAGAAAAUGGUUUGUUUAGGGAGGGGUGAAAGGCUAAUACUAUGAUUGACAUGUGUAUUGACAUUUAUUUCAAAAGUCAAGUUUGUUAUGAAAAUAAAGUUUGAAAAUACAAAGGAAAAAAAAGAAAAUUUUCAUAAUCGCUGUGAAAUAAGGGCUUAAUAUUAAAUUCAGUUUAACAAGCCUCGUUCCUCCUGGCCUGAUCCCCAUGUAUCUCAAUUGGUCAAUUUACACUGUUCUGUGUGUGUGGGUUAUCAUGGAACUCUACAGGGCUUUCUGUGGUACUUUUAAAAUAAAGCUACUAAUGUUCUAAUGGGGUUGCAUUCCACUGUUCCAAAGUUUGUGUUCUAUUUCUCUGGCUAUGCUUUUGGCAAAGUGGUUGAAGCUUUGAGUUGUCUGUUUCGUUGUGAUAAACAGGUGGUAAAUGUAAGUGCUGAGGGGGUUUUGUGAAGGUGUCGUAUGUCAGGCAGUCUGUGUGUGUGAGGGAGUGAUCAAGCCGCUAGUGUUAAACACUGAACCGGAGAGGAGAGGCUCUGUGGAGAUCUCACUGUAAACUGGGUGUGAAACACAGAUUCGAUGGGUCAGACCCAUUAGCUGGGAAGAUGAAGGGGAUGAAGUUUUCAAGAUGAGUAAAAGAAGUUGCAGGUAUCAGUAAGGACUCGAAGGUGUUGGGCAGAAAUUUAUUUUUUAUUCUGUUUUGAAACAGAAGCGAUUUUAAGCAUAGAUUGUUUGUGUGUGUAUACAGUAUAGUGUGCAUUUGUGACAAAUCUGAAGUAUUUAAUCCAUUAAAGGAUGCUGUCCUGUCCAUUGCAUGACUAUCCUUUGCAUGGAACAGUGGCUUUUUAAUGGGUCACAAUGAGUGGCUAUUUGUUUUGCAGAUUCUCAGUGUAAUGCAACCCCCCCACACCCACACCCACACCCACACCCAUACCAGUCUAACCCAGUUAACAGCAGCUGAUGCAAAUGCACAUUUGUUUUUUUGGAGAGACGAUAGACGACUGUUCAAAGAAAGAUAAUUGCUUGAAUAGAAAUGCUAAAGAAAAUGUAUGUGUAAUUUCAUUUUUUCUAUCUGUCUAGUUCAUUGAUUUAUUGUAAUUUUGUUUGGUCUUUUUCUGGCUUGGGACAAAUGUAAAAUGAAUACGGUACAUCCUGCUUCUGGUUUAAAAACGUGUCUGUAGUUUCUGCAUGCUCUGUUUUGCUUAAAAUGCAGCCUGGAUCUGCUUCUGAAGAUGUGUUGGGCUCCUCUGUGAUUACUAGAUGUGUUUUGUUUUAAUCCAGAACAAUGUGAAUACCCUUCUGUGUAUAUUGUUUUAUUAGGGUGGGCUGAAUUGACUCUACAGGGUAAAUGCACUGUAUAGAAUAUGCACUGUCUGGUUUUCAUCAGCACUUUAUCAGGACGCAGUUUAAACAGACACAAAACCAAAGUGGUGUAGUUGUAAGAUCUUCCAAUCCUGCACUACCUGCAAACUUACUGAUGCUGCAAUGCACGCUGUCAGUGGAGCGGGAUUGUGAUAAAAUCCAAUCCGUUGAUUUAAGAAAUCUCAAGAUUAUUAUUAUUUAUUUAUUUAUUUAUUUCCAGUUGUAAAUACCAUUGAUUUUAUAAUGCAAAUCAGAUAAAGGCUGUGAAAAUGUGACAGUGCAUAUUUUAAAUGUCUAUAAAUCUAAACAACUUUUGCACAACGAAUAUUUAGGCCUAUUGGUGAAUAAACAGCUGGCAUAUUUACUUAAUAGUACAGACAUGAUCAGAUUUAACUGCCUACUGUCCUAUGCCAGCUGUUUUUAUUUACUCUGUUUUUGUUAAUCCUAUUUUUUUUUUUUUUUUUUUUGUGCAAUACUUGAAUUCGUUGAUUCAAAAUUCAAUGUAGUAUGAAGUAAAUCUGAUGUCAUUCAUUUCGAUGUGUUUGAGUGUCUCAUUGUGUGGAACAACUUCUUCAACAAAAUAAUAUACAGGAAAACUUAGAAUAAAACUGCCACUGAUCAAUGUCAACCCUACUCCCAUAGUUUCCAAACAAAUCUGUUUAACCCUGGGUGAAAAAAAAACCCAUAUCUAAUCAUAAAAGAAGGAAGAUUCUGUGUAUUGUGAAUAAGAUCACAUACAAAAUAAGAUAAUAUUGAUCUAUGAAGGAAUACUGGUAGGAGGGUUCUGCUGCUGGAGAUUGCAUGAUCACACACACAUGUGUUUAGAUUGGAUUAUCACAAAGACGAAUGCGGCUUUGUUUAUUGCAAUCAGUUUGCAACAAUUGUAUCUGGCAGUAUUCCACUGAACAAUGAAAGUAACCCCUUUGUACAGUUGAUAUUAAGUAACCAAAUUCUUAUGUUAAAUGAUCGUAUUGUUCGAGAGACAUGGGGUCUGUUGGAAUGGAAUUUAUUUCUGCUGCUAAAGCUCUUCCAGGCAUGGCCAGUGCCAGGGGUACUGAAUGGUAUAACGUGCUGCCAGUUGCUGCACAACCACUUCGCACAGCUGAUGCUUCACAACAACUGCGUCUCUCCUCUUCUGUGUUUGCAGUUUCGCUGUAUUUGUGUAACCGGCACCCAGGAAGCACAAUGUGUUGUGUGCUGUAUGAGUACUGCCUGUACCUGCAACACAAAGACUGCUUGCUGUUUGUGUGUGUGUGUGUGUGUGUCCUUUCCCCAUGCAACCCCCCUCCUAUUGCAACAACACAAAGGUGAAGAAACGAAAGAAACAAGAGUCCUGAUCUUGAACUGCACCUGUACCUUUUUAACUCGUUUUUGUACAUAUUUAUGUUUUUUUCGAGAAGGAAAAAAAUAAACGAGCACUGCAUUCCUUAAAAAUGA